AAAGAUAAACGAAGCAACUAAAGGGAGGGGAGAAAAAUAGAAUUUAAAAAAAAAAAAAUCAAAUGGCGAUGCUCUCAUCUCUUCCUUCUCCGAUCUCUUCUGCCAUUGCCAACUCCAUCGAUUCUCAAAGCCUCAUGUGUUGCCCUAAUUCUUCUAGUAUCGCUCCCCGAUCCUCCGCUUUCGCUUUCACCCGUCGCAAGCGCCUCCGUCCUCUCUUUGCCUCACACAUCUGCGCGCCUACUAUUGACAAGUCGUUGCUGGUUUUCGCUGAAACGGCGUCGGAGCACCAACUCUGGGCUGCCGCAUGCCUCCGUGUUCGGUCCUUCUACGAGUUCGAUCCUUCCGCUUACGCCAUCCAAGAUCAUCAAAAGUAUUUGGCGGAGCGUGAAUUCGAAGCGAUAACGGACCGGAUUACAGGGAAGAGGGAGGGCUUUAGGAGGGUUUCUUGCAUAAAUGCUACUCUUCCAUUAUCACAAGUGUCAAGCUUGUCGGAUGAUCUGUGUGAUGCAUGUAAGUAUUCUGACAAUGGUGAAGAUCGAGUCGUAGUUGGGACCCUUGAUCUUAACCAAUGUAUGAGACUCCCGGAGGAGAUAACAGGAAUGAAACCAGAGGGGAUUGGUGCUGAUUUUGCGAGAGCAUAUCUGAGCAAUGUAUGCGUUGCCAAAGAACUGCACAGGAAUGGGCUGGGUUACAAACUUAUUGCAAAGUCAAAAGUAGUUGCUAAAGAAUGGGGCAUAACGGAUCUGUAUGUUCAUGUUGCCGUUGACAAUGAAGCAGCAAAGAAAUUGUACACAAAAAGUGGUUUCAUCUAUGAAAGCGAUGAACCUGCAUGGCAAGCCAGGUUUUUGGACCGACCUCGGAGGCAUCUAUUAUGGCUUGGUCUCCCUAGUUCCUAUGACUUGUGACCUGCAUUAGUUUGCUUUUGAAGGUCUGAAUAUUGUGAAUUUCAAAGCAUCCUUGUAAUUGGAUGUUGUUCGUUCAAUGUGCAUAGGGUGUAUGUUUUAUUCAUCUAUAUAAAAAAACAACUGUAUACUUAUUUGUAUUAUUUACAAGAAGGUUGGCUUCAAUUUCA